GAAGUUGCUCUACGACCUAAAAUUCAUGGGGUUUCCGUUAAAGAGCAUCUAUAACUGUAGGUAUCCAAAAACAACCUAAUUCUUGUUUUGCACUUGCCGUGUAUUAGCUUUGGUCGCGUCGUCCAGUUUUAUUAUAGAUUUUCUGUUUUUGUGUGAGCAAAUGAGCAGCAAUGUUAGCGUAGCAACAGCCGCUCACGCAGACGCUGCUUUUGGGCUGUAAGCACCUUAGCUCCAAUCACUGAUGCUUUUCAACUCUUAGCAUCGUAACUACCCUGUCAAAGGGACCCAAGGACUGCUUACCGCACAAUAAGCACAAUGACGUCAGCGUCAACUAAAGUUGGAGAGAUCUUCUCGGCAGCUGGAGCUGCCUUCACCAAACUAGGAGAGCUCACAAUGCAGCUGCAUCCAGUGGUGGAUUCCAGUCCUACAGGUGGUCAUGCUAAGAGCACAGUCAAGAGGAAGCUGUAUGAAGACGGAGCUCUGGCGCCUCCCUCCAAUGACAGGACAAAGAAGGUCACUAAAAAAUCCACUGUUGCUGUGUCCACACCCAGUGUCAUUUCUGGAUCCACAGCUCAGGUGGUUUUGGCCACUGGAUUUCAAAGUCCUGGCCCCAACACUGCCCCAUUAAAGAAACAGAAGACAGCAAACGUGACCCUGAGUGCUUUAAAUGACUCAGACGUCAACAGCGACCUCGUAGACAUUGAAGGACUAUGUGAAGUGUCCAACUCCAAAAAGCUCAACAACUUUGAUCAAGACAGCCUGAACCUGGAUUCAAGCCUCAUCAUAAAUUCCAGUGAUCUCCCUCUGCUCUCCUGUUAAGACAUCACUUCCUGUGCCCUCUUUACAUGGACAAUUAAUGGAUUGUUUUAUUGGGAGGGAGAAAUACCACAGACUGGGAGAAGACCAAUUUAAAUUUCACAUCUUUCUGACAUUUUUUAAAAAGACAAUUCAUGAAGCGGAAUAAAAAAGAAAUGCAUCGACUGCUUUGUUGGUUUUAAAGUCAAGUCUAUUUUGUCGUGGAAACUUUUGUAGUAAAUGUAUCACUGAGUAUUUACAGUAUUAGUUUAAGUGGUCAAGUUGUACUUUUCCUGUUACUUGUCCACAUGCGUACAUUUGACGCUCAUUUAUACGACUUAAAUAGUCUGUCUCCGUCUAGUAAUUGUGCAUGUUGUUUUGUAGUUAAGACCUGUGUUUAUAAAAAUACAAUCACAUAUGCUGGCAACAGUUUUCAAGCUGCUUUAAAAUUAGGGCCAAAACAUUGUAGUCUUAUUUUGUCAAAUAUUUAUAAAAAGUAGAUAAUUGUCUUGUCAA